CUGCAACUAUUUCAUCAAUCUCUCCACAAGCUUCCAAACAACUAGAAUUAAUGGAAAGAGAGAUUUGCAAGGUUUAUUCUUCUCCUUGUGGACGAUGAAACAGAAAUUGUUCUCCCUGACGUUAAUGGGUGUCUCUCUAGUAGUAUUUCUCUGCCGCUCCCUUAAAUCAUUAACAUUCCUAUGGCACCAAUAGUAGUAGAUCCAACUUCCUCAUAUAAACACCAGAAUCCAGAUCACUCAGCGAGAUUUAGUUUCUUAUUUAUUAUAAAUCCAUGGCUCAUCAAGUAGUUGAGACGACCAAGCAGUACUACAGUCAAUACGGGUCGACGUUGGUGGGUUGUCCGAAAUGACCAUGGUUCCUUCUGCACAUCAUCAAAACUUAUCCAGACAACAACAACAACACCCCCAUCUCCACGGUGGUUAUGGUGGCUGCGGUGCCAAUUAUUACAAUAAUACGGCGCCAGACGACGAGAGCUUUGGUGGUCUUCUUAUGAGUCAAGUAGAGGAAGGUGGUUAUGAUCAGUAUAGUUAUUGUAAUAACAAUAAUAAUUCUAUUACUGAUCAAUCUUACUUAUUAGCAUCUUCUGAUGUAGUAGUGAUUAAUGGUCCAAUGGCUGAAGAUGAAUCAAGAACUAACAGUCUUAACAACGAAGCUGAAGCCGAAGCGGGGUCAAGUUCUAAAGCUCUUGUAGAUGAAGAUCAGAGAGACGACAGAUGGCUUCAAUUGAGUAUAGGCGGCCACAACGCUACCAGUGCAGACGUCCAAGCUCCCGAAACGAGAAGCUUGUUAAGGGGUUCAUCAUCGGCAUCGGGAUUGAUUGAGCUUGAUCUCUUAUCAGCAAAUAUAUCGUCGCCGUCGUCUUCAACGUCAUGGCAAUUUCAGUUGCAACAAGCAGCCAGGUCUUCUAUGACUCCCAUGUUUCAUGUUCCCGAUCAUCACCAUCAAAUUCGUGUUCCUAAUUUCAGCACUAAUAUGAUGAGCACUACGUCUAAUUUAUAUUUUCAACACCCUGGAAUCGGAAUGGGAAUGAGUAGUUCUUUGCUGCCGAGCUUUCCUCAACACCAGCACCAGGAGGUUAACUGGGGAUUUAGGCCAUUGAUCCCUCAUCAUAAUAAUCAUAUAGGGAAUAGUGCUUCUACUUCUUCCUCUUCGUCUUCUUUUAUACAACUCGAACCAUCAUCCUCCACCUCAUAUUUUGCACGCCCAUUUCAACUUCAACAUCAUUAUCUUCAUCAUGGUGGUGGCGCUGGGCCGAGCUUAGAUUUCAGAGUUGUUGAUCCUCCGAGGAGGCCCCAGUCUGGCAUCUGGUUUAUGCUGCAAGCUUCGCAAAAUCAAGAAAAAGAGCCGUUCUUGCCCCAGAUACCUAAAAGCUACCUCAGAAUCAAGGAUGGAAGGAUGACAGUUCGAUUGAUUAAGAAAUAUCUGGUUAAUAAGCUAAGACUUGACAGCGAAUCAGAGGUAGAGAUAACAUGUAGAGGACAGCAGCUUCUACCUUUCUUGACGUUGCAGCAUGUAAGAGAUAAUAUAUGGAGUCUAAGGGACGCAGCAGCGGCAUCACUCACUUUGCUUCCACUUCCAGACUCCACCUCCACAACCACAGAUGACCAUGUCAUGGUGCUGCACUAUGCUAGGACGUCGUUGUCUUCUACAACUGCUUGAUUAAUUAAUUCAAACUUAAUUUUCCCCAAAAUUUAUUGAUUAAUCGGGUCCGAUGAUGUAUCAUUGUUUAUUUAAUUAUGCAAACCCCUCAUCUUUUUUUUGGCAUCAUAUAUAUAUUUUUUAAGUUAUAAUUAGCGGUGUUCUUCUUUUUGUG